AUGGCGACCCUGUAUUCAGCUCAGUCUUGCCGUGCUUAUGCAUCGUUGCCAUCGUCAUCGUCUUUGUCAUCUUCAUCUAUGGUUGGCCAGCUUCAACGCAUUGCCGUUUCGAAACGUUUUCUUCCAGCCAAGAUUUCUCUGCAAUCUCAAACGGGUUCUCAUCACAAUGUUGUUCGAAUGCAGGAUGGUGCGGUGGCUACAACGGUCACUCCGGUUGAGAAUAAAACUCCUCUCAACAAGUUGAAAGAAGGGCUGACUUCAGUUUCUUCUUCGGAGGAAUUGAAAGUUGCAGCUGGGUUUGAUGACAAUGAAAAUGAAUCAUCGGUUAGCAUUACAGUUGUUGGGGCCUCUGGGGACCUUGCCAAGAAGAAGAUAUUUCCAGCACUUUUUGCACUUUAUUAUGAGGAUUGCCUCCCCAAGCACUUUACUGUGUAUGGUUAUGCGCGAAGUAAGAUGACUGAUGCAGAACUUAGAAACAUGGUUAGUAAGACCCUUACGUGCAGAAUUGAUAAAAGGGAAAAUUGUGGCGAAAAGAUGGAAGAAUUUCUUAAGAGAUGUUUUUAUCAUUCUGGUCAGUAUGAUUCAGAGAAAAACUUUACAGAGCUGGACAAGAAAUUAAAGGAACAUGAGGCUGGUAGGGUAUCUAAUCGCCUCUUCUACCUAUCGAUUCCUCCAAACAUAUUCAUAGAUGCUGUAAAAUGUGCAAGCUUAUCAGCUUCGUCUGGUAAUGGCUGGACCAGGGUCAUUGUCGAGAAACCCUUUGGUCGAGAUUCAGAAUCCUCUGCCGCUUUGACAAAGUCCCUUAAGCAGUACCUAGAAGAGGAUCAAAUAUUCAGGAUUGACCACUAUUUGGGAAAAGAGCUAGUGGAAAAUCUAUCUGUUCUCCGUUUUUCUAACCUUAUUUUUGAACCUCUGUGGUCAAGGCAGUAUAUAAGGAACGUGCAAUUAAUAUUCUCUGAAGAUUUUGGCACUGAGGGUCGCGGAGGGUAUUUCGACAAUUAUGGAAUAAUAAGAGACAUAAUGCAGAACCACUUGCUUCAGAUACUGGCCCUCUUUGCAAUGGAAACACCUGUCAGUUUGGAUGCAGAAGAUAUCAGAAAUGAGAAGGUUAAAGUUUUACGUUCGAUGAGGCCUUUGCAACUUGAAGAUGUUGUUAUAGGGCAAUAUAAAAGCCACACAAAAGGAGGUAUCACUUACCCAGCCUAUACAGAUGACAAGACUGUACCGAAGGGCAGCUUAACUCCAACUUUCGCGGCAGCAGCCCUCUUCAUAAACAAUGCAAGAUGGGAUGGAGUUCCUUUUCUUAUGAAGGCUGGAAAAGCAUUACAUACUAAGAGGGCUGAGAUAAGGGUACAGUUUAGGCAUGUUCCUGGCAAUUUAUACAACCGAAAUAUCGGAACAGACCUUGAUCGAGCUACAAAUGAGCUUGUUAUACGAGUACAACCUGACGAAGCUAUAUAUUUGAAGAUCAAUAACAAGGUUCCUGGUCUUGGAAUGAGAUUGGACCGUAGUAAUCUGAAUCUUCACUAUGCGGCCAGAUACUCAAAAGAGAUUCCGGAUGCUUACGAGAGGCUUUUGCUGGAUGCUAUUGAAGGGGAAAGACGGUUGUUUAUCCGAAGUGAUGAACUGGAUGCGGCUUGGUCAUUGUUUACACCUUUAUUGAAAGAGCUUGAAGAAAAGAAGAUAAUUCCCGAGUAUUAUCCACAUGGGAGCAGGGGUCCUGUUGGCGCUCAUUAUCUUGCAGCAAGAUACAAUGUUCGGUGGGGUGAUGUCGGAUUAGAGCAAUGA